AUCUCCUCUUCAUCCACUCAUCAUGCUUAGCAAAUUGAAGCUUAAAUCUUUGACACCAACAAGUUCCUCAUCAUUGAAAGCCAGUGAUGUUAGAUCCACCGAACAAGAAGUUUCUGGUUCCGUAGAUUCAAGCAUCAAUGAGAAGAUAGACUUUGAAUCGGAAAAGGUGUUCUACCCCUUUGAACAACCUUCCGUGAAGAGCCACAUCCCCCAAGAACCACAACUCAGCGCAGAACAAAAGGAAAAGUACUUGGCAGUUUUGCAUCAUUUCCAACAAGAAGAUCUCAAAGUUGCCAUCAGCGAAGAUACCCAUAACCACAAGAAAACCGAACUAUACCAACCAUUAACCCAUGACGAAAAGUCGUGGCUUACUAGAGAAUGUUUCUUGAGAUACUUGCGUGCCACCAAGUGGAACGAAAAAGACGCAAUCAACAGGGUUGAAUUGACCCUUGCUUGGAGACGUGAAUUCGGUAUCGACAAAGCAAUGGAAAACCAAAACAAGGUCAACGGCGAAACUACUAGUAUUGAAAACGAAACCGGUAAAGAAGUUAUUCUUGGGUAUGACAACGACUCCCGUCCUUGUCUUUACUUGAAACCAGGGAGACAAAACACAAAGACUAGUCAACGUCAAGUGGAACAUUUAGUCUAUCUGUUGGAAAGAGUCAUUGACUAUAUGCCCUCCGGUCAAGACUCUCUUGCAUUGUUAAUAGACUUCAAGGCCCAUCCUGUUGGCACUCAAGGUGGGAAGAUCCCCCCAGUAGGUGUCGGUCGUCAAGUUUUACAUAUUUUACAAACCCAUUAUCCAGAAAGAUUAGGCAAGGCUUUGCUUACUAAUAUUCCAUGGUUAGGAUGGACAUUUUUGAAGAUUAUUCACCCAUUUAUUGAUCCAUUAACCAGAGAAAAGUUGGUUUUCGACGAGCCAUUUGAAAAAUACGUUCCUGUAGAACAAUUAGACGUUGACUUCAACGGUAAGGUCAAUUUCGAGUACAACCACGACAAAUACUGGAGGAGAAUGAUUGAAAUCAGUCAGGAAAAGAAGGCAAAAUACAUGGAACGGUUCGAACUAUUUGGCGGUGUUGUUGGAUUAAGUGAAGUUGAUUUAAGAGGUGACGAUUCUGAAAUUAAACAUCCUGUUGGUACGAUAUAGAUUUGCGUGAUAGAUAGCUUAGAUACAUGUGCAUAUAUAAUAAAACUUAUACAAACGGAUUGGCAUUCUUUCUCAUUUCGAUCUCUCCUGUUUUGAUAUCGAUCAUGUGUUCCCAGUCUAUAGGAUACAUCAACUCUCCAGCACCAUUUUCACUCUUGGCAAACACAACACCUAAAUCGUUUCUAGCAGUGCUCAAGUAAUAGUUCGACCCAUCACCAAGAGAGAUAAUCACAGCUCGAACAAUAUCUCCAGGUCUGUAGCUUUCAAUUACCUUGACUUUAUCUCUUUCAGUAGAUCGUAUAUCUUGAGAUCGAAUCACCCCACGGAAAUUCUCUCCAAUAUCAGGCACUUGAAUGGCGGUGGUUGAAGACAGGGCAAUUGUCGAUUGGUUGAAUGCAUGUUGGGUGAUGGUGGUUGCUGAACCAGGUGGCAUCAGGGCAUGAGCUGUGCUUCCAUUGGCACCUACUCCUGAAUCUGCCAAGAUAUUCCCGCCGCUUCCAUUGGCUCUUUCCACCGAGAUGAUCUCACCAAAUACUUGUUUAGGCGAGAUCCUGGUAAUUCUAAUCAACACCACAUCGUUCUCCUUUGGUAAAUUAAUCGAAGUUUCCGUAUCGGCGGACUCCUCAAUGAAUGUCUGUCCUUUGGGAACAACAGUGACAAUGCUGGUGGUAAACUCCUUAUCAUCGGUGUCUAUUUGUUUAAUGUGGACGGUUCCGAGUAUGGUUGAUGUUAUAACGGGGAUGGACUUCGUGGUGUUGGUAUCGGUGGUUAUAUCAGAAAUGGUGGUUCCUCUACCAGGAGAAAACUUCAACGGACGUUGACUAGACUCGUCUAGUUUGUAUACGGGAGUGAUAUAUUGGCCUGGCACUACGACUGACAUCAUUGGGUAUUGCUUG